CCUCGCCGUGCCUGCCGCGCUGAUUGUCUCUCUCUUUCUCUCUGUUUUUUCAAAGUGUGACUGAAACAAAACAAAGCCAAAGGGACGCUGGAUCUAUCAUUGGUUGCUUUUUCUCCUCCUUUUUUUUUUUUAUGAUCAAAAACAAGCCCCCACCCGAGCAAACAAACACACACAAAAGCAGAAAGAAAGGGUCUUGCUCAGCAGCAGCAUGGAUGUCUUGGCUAGUUAUAGUAUAUUCCAGGAACUCCAGCUUGUCCACGACACCGGCUACUUCUCAGCUUUGCCAUCCUUGGAGGAAAACUGGCAGCAGACAUGCCUGGAGCUGGAGCGAUACCUUCAGACUGAACCACGGAAGAUGUCUGAGACCUUUGGUGAGGAUUUGGACUGCUUCCUUCAUGCUUCCUCAGCCCCAGAUGCAGAGGACAAUAUCCGGCGGCUGGACCCCAUCCUUUUACCAGUGGAGACGAGUAUGUGUGACAAAAGUGUGAACAUGGACAUCAUCCUCUCACGGGACAAACUACUAUCUGAGACGUGUCUCAGCUUACAGUCCACCAGCUCUUCCACAGAAGGCUACACAGCUGUCAACCAGGCCCAGCUCAAUGCAGUAACCUCAUUAACACCCCCUUCCUCUCCAGAGCUCAGCCGCCACCUUGUAAAAACCUCACAGACUCUCUCAGCAGUGGACGGCACAGUGACAUUAAAAUUGGUGGCCAAGAAAACAUCACUCAGCUCUGUGAAAGUGGGUGUAGCAACAGCAGCUGCAGGGACAAUAAAAGGAGGGCAAAGUGACAGUGAACAAGGAGGUACAGGGGCAGAAGCAUCCCCAGAAAACAAGAAGAGAGUUCAUCGCUGUCAGUUCAAUGGGUGCCGGAAGGUUUAUACAAAGAGUUCCCACUUAAAGGCUCACCAGAGGACUCAUACAGGUGAGAAGCCUUACAAGUGCUCAUGGGAAGGGUGCGAGUGGCGUUUUGCACGGAGCGACGAGCUCACGAGGCAUUACAGAAAGCACACGGGUGCAAAGCCCUUUAAAUGCAACCAUUGUGACAGGUGUUUUUCCAGAUCUGAUCACCUUGCCCUCCAUAUGAAGAGACACAUCUAAAUAGCAGUCAGCUUGGCAUGGAUGUCAUCUGAGCUAAGUGUUGUGAGAUGAAGGUGGAACUCAAUUACAACACACUACCUUGCAGGAGAAGAGGACUUGAUCACCUGUAAUUCUCUGUACAGAGGCCACUCACACUGUCAUGCACCCAGUUACUUCAGUACAUACAUCGGUUCUUUAUGCCUUGCCCCAGCUGGAUGGGAGAAGAUGCAAGCAAGGAAAUGGUAUAGAUGUGAAGUGAAUGAGAAGGAACAAUUGCUUACAGUCCUUCGUCCCUCUUGGAUUUGUUUCCUGGUUUUGCCAAUGGAAAUCAAAGAAAACCGAGAAGGCUUCCUUGCAGGCAGACAGCCGUGGGACGGGCUUAGUUAACUUGCUUCUAAGUGCAACUCAGUAGGAGAAUAUGUUGUCUUGAAGUUGCAUAUUUGUAGCACUAACUUUCUUUUUAAAUAGAUGGGGGGAAAACAAUGACCUAGAAAACCAAAUCCCAGUUUGGUAGCCAAAAUUAACCUCUUGGUUCAUUUGUUCUUUGUCCGAGAAUUCCUAAUGUUCAGCGCAUCAAACUUCUCACAGACACUUUGACCUGUCUUGGUUUUGGUUCUUCUUCCUAGAACUGAGCUAUUGAGAUCCUUUUAAGUCAAUACCAGUGGCCUUAAUGGCAGUAGACUGUGGAGUGACACUUGUGACACAAAUACCCUCUUUUUGGCCUGAGUUUUUGUAGACUUCAUGGAGGACUAUAUUUUUGUUGGUUAUUGUUAUUUUAAUUUUUGUUUUGGCUAUUGCACAACAUAUGCACUAAGGACUCUGGAAGCUGCUGCCAUGAUGGCUAAGUGGCCAAGGGAUAACUCCAUGAGAAAUGGCACCUAAUAUCUCUCUAGGCCUCACCUUAUUGCCAUAGCUAGGACUUCUUGUUUAUUUGUUGAACAAAAAACUUUAAAAGCUGAUUUGGAAGCUUAAACAUUUUUUCUCUUUUCUCCACAAACAAGUGAUCUUCAGAACUCCUUGUCUUCACCUGGACAUUGAUCUGGGACUGGCCACACAGGCAUGACUACAGGAUUCCUUCCACAUCAUGUGAGCAUGUUAGCCACAACCCACAGUGACUUAUAGAUGAAUUAUGUUGCUUUUUCUUGCUGUUCUUCUAUUAACCAAUUUGAAACACUAGACUUCUGUUUGUGUAAAGAGCACCUGCAGACAUUUUCAUUUAAAGCUAAUGUUUGUUGAGUAUCUUACACAUACACACACACACACAAAAAAAAAAUCAAGCCAAAAAUCCUCCUCCAGUGUCUGAGUGGGAAAUUGAGAACCGCUUCCAUGUACAAUGGCUUCAUUCAGCAUUAACCUUUUAAAGAAUCUAUCAAAGUCCUCUUUUUAUGCAUCAAGUUGAUGCUGUAGCCUGCUCCUGUAUGAAAAUGUGUAAAAAUGUGACCAGUGAAGGAAGGGUUGGAUUUUACAUACAGCACUGAGACUUUUCUGAAUGAUUGGUCUAAAGUAUUACUAGCCUAGAGAUCCAUUUCAGCCUACUGUGUGAACCAUCAAGAAGUGGAGGUCUCAUGCUCACCCUUCAGCCCUAUUGAAAAUUUGAUUUUGGUGGCUCGAAAUGGAUUAAAGUCUUCAUUACAAAAGAGAAACAAACAAAACACAAAAAAAGUAACUUACAUUUGAAACUAUUUGGCCCUGGCCCUGACUCCAAAGACUGCAUUUAGGACCAUGAAAAAUGGCCUAGGCAAGCAGGCAGGUGGUCAUUAGGUUGUAUAUUUUGUAUAUUCUGGGAACAUCCCUACAAGAUGUGUCUAGAAAUGAAACAAAAUGGCGUGUGGUCCAUAAAUGGUUGCUGCUCUUUUAUAUAAUGUAUUAGCAAUUGCCCUUCUUUGACUGUUUUGACUCACUGACUGUUAAAUAUUUCCCUUAAUUUAUGUUUUGGGAGUUAAAAAUGUACUCUUAGGGGAAAAAAGAAAAGAAACUCCAUAGAUGCUUAAGAGCCAUCACCGAGAGAUCCUUGGCACUUGAAUUCUCAGCGUUUUGCAACCUUUGGUUCCAGUGAGAGAUUAAAUUUGCUCAAAAGAUGCUGUUUUUUCCUCACAGUUUUCACAAAACACUGUGACUGUCAACUGAACACUUAGGGGACAGAGGGGAAAUACGAUGUCUGGCUCAUAUGGCAUGAAAUAUGGACCAAAACCUAACCAACUUUUAGGGACGAUAAUGUAACAUUCACAAUAAGAGCAAGAGAGAGUUAAGUAAAGAAAAGAAAAGAAAGACAGAGAGAGAGAGAAAACAAAACAUGAAUUUAUUCCAAAGAUUUAAAACUAGCUAUACUCUAUAUGUGUAUGUAUAUAUGCUUAUAUAUACAUGUAUACAUUUGAAAAUCGUGGAGCACUGCUUGCUGACAAUCUCGUAUUUCUCUACUUCUGUAUUUGCAUACUUUUUAUGGCCAUUCCACUCAGCUGUUCUACUGGGACUGAGGGCCCUGGAAUCCAAUUUGUGUUGGAAUAUAUAGAGCAUCCUGCCAGAUGUCUAAUGGGAACUGAAACCUCAGCUGUGUGAAACUGUAGAGCAUCCAGUCAGUGCAUUAGAUUAAAAAGAAAGAUUAAGAGAAUCCUAGAAUUUCAUUACUGUAGUGUCCUACAAUCUCUACUCUCAAACCCACCACUAUGAUACUCAUUGGCUGUUAACCUGCGUGACUCUUCUCCUUUGACCUCUGAACACACCUGCCUUUAGACAUCAUAUCAGUAGUCUACAAACCUUCAUUAUUAAGUGGCAAUUUAAAUACUAGACUAUUUAAAACUGAAAUAACCAAGCAAGACUGUUUAUUUACUUCCAGUUGUCAUUUAUGGUCUUGUUGGCAUGUUGUUUAAAUAUGGCAGAACAAGGGCCCCGUGAUAAAAACCAUGCUGAAGUUUCUGAUUGUUUUGUCCUAGAGGCAGGCCUUCAUCUAAAGCGUGGAUCCAAAGAGCCUAGAAAACAUAGGAAACAAAAAGAGGGUAAGAGACUUAACUGGAUUCCUCAGGCUCUCAUUGUAGCAGGUCUUAAACUUUGAAGCCAAACUUUGAACUUUGGGACUCUUCUGUUUGCAAAGGGAGAACUUUUCCACCUCUAUACAGGGUGUCCUCAGUCAAUCUCUGGAUUUCAGUUUUUGGGUGCUCAUAUGCAAGUGUCUUAGUCAAAUUUUAACUCACAGCUGAUGUUCUGUAGAAGUCAUCUCCAUUUGGGAGAGGCAUGAUAGGUGACACAUUCCAGACUUUGUCUUUUACAAUGACAAGUUUUAUUUCUUCACAGGUAUUUUAAGCUGUGCUCUUCAAACUUGCCUGAUCUGUUGUAGCUAUAUCCUUUUCGUGUUUCUGUCUCCUUGCUAAAGUUGUACAGUUGUCCUCUAUUUGUAAACUAGGGGUAGAAAUGGAGUUAUGAGGAAAGACUAAUCCUUUUGGCAAGGCUUCUUUGAAGCAAAUCCAAAAAUAAGUGAUUUAGUGACAGAUGAGGACUAAGUUAUCCAGCUGUAGAAAGGAGAAGUUCAGCUCUGUUUCCUUUGUGCUAGAUUUGUCUAUCUGCAAGAGAAGCCACUUUAAGAAAGUCAGAGUGUUGUUUCCAAUGCUGCAGCACCUUGGAUGAGAAGAAAUGGAGGAAAUGUCUCACAAAAUAAUGUACAUAGAGGAAGCAGCUAACACAAAUGUGGUUUUGUGAAUAGCUAAAUAACAUUUUGGAGCAGAGCUGUCAAUCGUAGAAUCAUGCAGGUAGGGAGAGGCCUUUGGAAGCCUUCUUGGCCAACUCCCAGCUAGAUCUGGUUGCUGAGGGCUGUAUCCAGAUGAGUUUUAAAUAUCCCCAAGGACGGAAAUUCUGCAACCUCUCUGUGCAAGCUGGUCCAGUAUUUGACAAGCUUUAUGGUUAAAAAAAGAAGAAAAAAAAUUAAAAAUGUAUAAGUCUGUGUCUCAAGUAGGAAUUUUCUGUGCUCCAACUUGUUUUCAUUGCUUCUUCCUCUGUGCAUCUCUGAGUUUUUCUCUACAUGCUGUUAGGUGUUUGUAGACAGCAAUAAGAUCUAGCCUUACCCUCCUCUUCCUGAGGUUCAGCCAAGGCUUUCAGCCUCUCUUCAUCCAUCAUGUGUCCCCAGACCUGAUCUCUACAAUGGCCCUCUGGUAGACUUCAGUAUAUCAAUAAUUUUCUUGUGGUGGAGACACCAAAAUCAGACAGAAUAUUUCAGAUAAAGAUGUCCUGCAUAUGUUACAGUGUCAGUAUAAUUUCUUUAUUCUAGAUUUUCUCAUUAUUUAAUUGAAACAAACUCUAUGAUAAGAUUCUCAUUUGAAAACUGACUUUAAAAAAGUCAUUUAGGAAGCACCAGUAUAGAGUUUUUCUAAGAAAAUUUUCUGAGUCUGUGUAUAAAAAUACCCUGAUAGAAGUACACUUUUUAUAAUGCCAGCUCAAGGCCUGGCAAGAAAAAAUCUGAUUUUCCAACAUAGUCAUUGCUGUUUUCCCUUAAACUGAAAGUAUGUAUUGUUUCACUUGUACUAUGUCUAAUAAGAGGACAUGUGAUGCUGUAUUUUAGUCAUUUUUUGGACUGAAACAGGACUUUAGUGCACCUUUGUUCAGUUUCAUUUUCCCCUUGGCAGAUAAAGAGCAACCUAAAAUACAAUGUGACUUUUGUAAAGGUUGUUCUAACAGAAAAGGGGAUUCCAACCUUUUUCAUGUUGUUAUCACAGAGGUUUUGGGUUUGGUUUUGCUAGCCAGAAAAUUGUAUUGCUUGGAUAAAUGGGCAAGUGAGGAAGAAAAAGAAUGAAUUGAAAUAUUAGAUUCUGUCAGUGUCUUGGACAAGGCCCUGAACACUCUGAUGUAACCAAACUAUCUUUAAAACAGAUCAGGUGAUCUCCCAAGGUACCUUCCAACAUCAACUUUGCUGUGUUUCUAUGAUACAUUUCAGAACUCUUGCUGAUUAAAUGUGUACUGGUUCUAGUCUUUCCCAGUCUUGUGCUGGCAGAACAGGCUGUAGGGCAGGUCUGCAGGGUUUUUGUUGAACUCUGAUAGUAUCAUCCUUAUUAAACUUUGUAAGGUUUCAUUGCGAGGGAGACUUAGAGAGGAGGGAAUUUUCAAAGGCCAAAACCCUUAGCAAACCAGUUUGAAGCAAUAUUGUACCAUGUGAUGUGUCACCACUGCAGGGACCAAGCUGGUAUUAUGGAUACAAGUUUGCUAGCCUGGAAGACCCAUGUAAUGUCUCAAGAAUCAUUUCCAGGACCUGAAAUCUAAGCCAAAAUGUACUUCUGUAAAGGUGACUGUUAAUGUCUGGGGUUGGGUUCUUUUGGUGUUUUUUAGUUGGCUGGGUUUUGGUUUAGUUUUUGUUUUCAUUGUUGUUAGUUGGGAUUUGU